AGCUUCAAACAGAGCCAUGGCUUCUGCUUCUGCUUCUGCUAAUGAUACCACAAAAAAUGUUUUUGAUGAUGGGAAGUACCAAACGGUGCUUCUAAAAGCAGAAAGUGGGAGUUGCUGUUCUAAGUCGUCUAAGGUUCCUGUCCCACCUCCAAGGCCGCUUUUGAUUGCCACGCCAUCUGAAGCUGGUGAAUUCCCACUACUUGUCUUCCUCCAUGGUUACCUUCUCUGCAACUCGUUUUAUUCUCAGCUUAUCCAACACAUCGCUUCUCAUGGAUUCAUUGUCAUCGCCCCUAAGUUAUACACCCUGGCUGGAUCAAAUGCAAAUGUUGACAUUAACUCCACAGUGGCUACAACCAAUUGGAUAUCCGAAGGACUCCAUUACUUGCUUCCACAGCAUGUUCAGCCAAACAUGAGAAAGCUAGGACUCGUCGGCCAUAGCCGUGGAGGCAAGGCUGCUUUUGCACUUGUUCUUCAAAAAGCAGCAACUUCUCUCAAGUUCUCUGCCCUAAUAGGCAUUGACCCAGUUGAUGGAAUCUGCAGAGGCUUACAAACCCCUCCACCAGUACUCACCUAUGUACCUCAUUCAUUUGACCUUGAUAUGCCUGCAAUGGUAAUUGGUACGGAA